AAAUUAUAGGACUGCCUAAUAAUUUAGAGAAGUCAGGCUGUUAGUGCUACUUCAAUGCUAUCAAACCAUCGCUAUAUUGUUUCUUGAACGAAUUUGUUAGAGUGCGUCGGUUAUUCCUGAUAUCCACUGAGUGUUCUGGAACGUUAACUGCGCUACUAAUUGUCGUCAUGGGGCGUGCAGAAGCAGAUUGUGAGAAAGAAAAGGGUAAUGACGCUUAUAAAAAAAAGGACUUCGAAGCUGCGAUCACACAUUACGACAAUGCAAUAAAACUUGACCCAACGUGCAUAACGUACUACACAAACAAAGCUGCCGUGUAUUACGAGAAAGGUGAAUAUGAUAAGUGCGUGGAGAUAUGUGAAGAGGCUGUUGAGAUAGGCAGAGAAAACAGAGCCGACUUCAAAUUGAUAGCCAAAGCAUUCGCGCGUGCUGCUCAUGCUUGUGAGAAAAAAGAGGAUUAUCCUAAUGCAAAAAAAUAUUACGAUAAGUCACUGUCCGAAUCUAAGCAACCAGAUGUUGAGAAGAGUGCUCGAGCUUUAGAAAAUCGUAUGAAGGAAAUGGAAAGGUUAGCAUAUAUUAACCCAGAGAUGUCAGAAAUGGAGAAAGUCAAGGGAAACGAAUGUUAUCAGAAGGGUGAUUACCCAGCUGCCAUAAAACAUUACACUGAGGCUAUAAAGAGAAAUCCAUCUGACGCAAAACUGUAUAGUAAUCGUGCAGCAUGUUACACAAAGUUAAUGGAGUUUCCUUUAGCGGUUAGUGAUUGUAAUAAGUGCAUCGAGGCAGAUCCGAAAUUUAUCAAAGGUUACCUGAGGAAAGGAGCAGCAUGCAAUGCUAUGAAGGAUUUUACUCAAGCAAGGAAGGCUUUUCGGAAAGCUCUAGAGCUAGAUCCAGAUUGUUCGGAAGCUAGAGAAGGUCUCAGUCAAUCAUAUACAAAUGAUGACGAUCCAGAAGCUGCUCGCAAGCGUGCUAUGAACGAUCCUGAAAUAGCUUCCAUCUUGUCCGAUCCAGCCAUGCGCCUUAUUCUAGAUCAGAUGUCAGAUCCUACUGCACUUCGUGCACACCUUAAUAACCCAGAGAUAGCAUCCAAACUAAUGAAGCUCAUCGAUGCCGGCUUAAUUUCAUUUCGGUGAACUUUCCUUAUGAUAGUUCUGUUUUCAAGAAAUUAAUUCACGAACACUUUUAACUCUUGUUACUAUUCGAAUGUCCUUAAAGAAUGCAAAAGUCGAAUAUUCAAAUACUUUUACUUUUAUCAGCCAUCAACUUCAGGAAAACAAUUAGUUCAGAACCAAUACUUUCUGCUUGCGGGAAUUUUGAUUCAUGUACAUUUAUACAAACAAUAAGUCUUGAAAAUACAGGCGAGUAAAGU